AUGAAAAGCCCACUGGCAAGUUCAAUUACAAGCUCAGUGGCAAGCUCAGCUGCAACCGCAGUGCCAAGCGGAAGGACAAGCUCACUGGCAAGUUCAAUAACAAGUUCAGUGACAAGCUCAGCUGCAGCCACAGUGGCAAGCUCCAUGAAAAGCUCACUGGCAAGUUCAAUUACAAGCGCCGAUGCAACCGCAGUACCAAGCUCAAUGGCAAGUUCAAUUACAAGUUCAGUGACAAGCUCAGCUGUAACCGCAGUGGCAACCUCAGCUGCAACCAAAGUGGCAAGCUCAGCUGCAACCGAAGUGGCAAGCUCAGCUGUAACCGAAGUGGCAAGCUCACUGGCAAGUUCAAUUACAAGCUCAGUGAAAAGCUCAGCUGCAACCGCAGUGGAAACAUCAGCUGCAACCGCAGUGGCAAGCUCACUGGCAAGUUCAAUUACAAGCUCAGUGAAAAGCUCAGCUGCAACCGCAGUGGCAAGCUCGGCUGCAACCGAAGUGACAAGCUCAGCUGCAACCGCAGUGGCAAGCUCAAUGGUGACCUCAGUGGCGAAUUCAGUGGCAAGCUCACUGACAAGCUCAGUUGCAACCUUUGUGACUAGCCCGGUGGCAACUUCAGUGACAGGUCCAACAGUAAGCACCGCGACAACCUCAGUGACAAGCUCAGCUGUCACCGUGGCGGCAAGCUCGACGGUAGAAUCAACGACAAGCGUCCCAUUCGCCCAAUGGAACUCUACUGGAAACAUGACAACCGCGCGGACAUCUCAUACUGCAACCCUGCUCAGUUCCGGCAAAGUGCUUGUGGCUGCUGGUUUUGGCACGUCAAAUGUUCUUGCUAGUUCAGAAUUAUACGAUCCAUCAACGGGGCAGUGGAACUCUACUGGAACCAUGGCAACCGCGCGGACAUAUCAUACUGCAACCCUGCUCAGUUCCGGCAAAGUGCUUGUGGCUGCUGGUUAUGGCACGUCAAAUGCUCUUGGUAGUUCCGAACUAUAUGAUCCAUCAACAGGGCAGUGGAACUCUACUGGAAACAUGGCAACCGCGCGGACAUAUCAUACUGCAACCCUGCUCAGUUCCGGCAAAGUUCUUGUGGCUGCUGGUAAUGGCAUCUCGUACAAUGGUCAUACUAGUUCUGAAUAA